CUUUUUUAAGGCCAAUACUCCAGAAUUUAAACUUGGAAACGAAAAUUAAGUCAUGACGUCAGUAAAGAAAACUACAAGGUUACCCGAAGAUCGAAGAGCUGAAGCACGAAAUGGAAAAACAAUUGAGCGUUUAACUACUAUUGAUGAAUCAGAUUGUGAUUUUGAUUCCGUAUACGAUUCCGACUGCACAAAUUUCUUUAUUAAUAUGUCUUUAAAACGGUCUUGCCAAUGCCACAGCGCUAAGAAACGACAACAGAUGAUGAUGAUUAUGAGGAACAAUACGAGCUGGCAGUUUCGAUUCGUAAUCACCCGAUAUGCGACUAAAAUUUUAAUAUCGAUUUUAUUAUCAAUCGUUAUUUUAGCAUCUGCCCAGGAAGUAACGAGAGACACAGACAAAUUGCAUAGAUCAAAUAACACAGAAAGCCAUCGAAAUCAAACACAUACAACUGCUAUUCACACUCCUUUACUAAAAGUACAUAGCCAAAGCCAGAACCAGGGGCUGCCGAAUCAGCAACUAGGUCAGAAGCCAGCCAGCGUACAAGGAUUUAGCGUAAACAGAAAUAGUUUGAUUAGUGGAGAUUCUGUGCUGCAACGUCAGCUGAGGGAGAAAGCGAAACAGGAUAGCUUGGAAUCGAUUAAGAUGCAUAUUUUGAUGCGACUGAACUUAAAGAAAUUACCCAAUAUAACCAAACCAAUAAAUGUACCGCAGAACAUAUUGGAGAAUUUUUAUAAAAACUAUAAUUCCUCGCUUUUUAACUCGAUGUGGGGUCAUAAGAGUAAACCAAAUGGUGCUGCUACUUCUGCCCUAAAUAAGCCUGAAUCAGCUCUGUCUAUGCAUGAAGAUACUGUGACAGACUCUGUGAAUGUUACACAAAACAUUGAACAGAGCUCUAAUAAUAAUUAUAAAUAUGAGGCAUCCAAUAGAAAUACGUCUUUGGAAAUGCAGGGUGACGAUCCCAAUAAUUUUAAAAAUUUUCAUUAUAUCUAUAAUAUUGAAAUUGAUCAAAGGGCACAAACGUCAAAGCAAAAGGUCACUGACUUUACAAUUAACGACGAUGAUAUUGAAUAUGAAAGCAUACUUUCUCAUAUAAGCCGCGUUUACAUAUUUCCAGAACGUGAGUUGUAAAUUUUUUAU